ACGGUGAUGAUGUGGUGGACUGGUGGUUGGAGAGGUGUUUGGGGCUUUGGGUUCGUGUAAGUGAAGAAGGAGAUAGAAUUAGGGACUGUAAAAAUAAGAAUGGUAUUUUUGGCCUUUUGGGUAUAAAGUGAAAGAAUUAUUUGUUUUUUUUUUUUUUUUGAUAUUUGUAUAAAAUUGGGGGAUUUUUUUGAAUUAGUGUCCCGAUACUUUCAGCAAAGUCCACCGGCACCUCUGGCGCCUCGACCUUGACGGAGCAAGGUCCGGCCUGACGCUUUCCACUCUGCCCCUGCCUGCAUACUCUCAGGGGGUCUUUUUGGUCGACUGUGGUCUCUCCCUUUCUCUUUGUCAAUUGCUCACUUCCUCUCUUUAUAAGCGGGGACGGUGUGAGCAUUGACUCUUCUUUCCAACCAGCCAUAGCCAAGGUAACACAAAAUUCUUCAGUCAUUUCUUACGGUUGAGCAUUUCAAUUGCUCACUGGAAAUGCAUUAAUAAAACUGGGUCACACAAAAUUCUCCAGUGAAUGAAACGAGAGGAAAAAUUUCCAGGUAUGGAAGAUAGACCUAAGUUGUUGAUACUGUACGCUAGUCAAACGGGAAAUGCAUUGGAUGCAGCAGAGCAACUGGCGCGUGAAGCAGACCUCAGAGGCUGCUUGGUCAAACUUUUUUCUUUGGAUGAAUAUGAUCCUGUUUCCUUGCCUUAUGAGAGUGCUGUAGUUUUUUUUGUUUCGACUACGGGCCAGGGUGAUACUCCAGAUUCCAUGAAGGGUUUUUGGAAAUACCUUCUGCAGAGAAAUCUAAGUCACCAUUGGCUAGAAGGACUUCCUUAUUCUGUGUUUGGUUUGGGUGAUUCUGGUUACCAGAAGUAUAAUUUUGUUGCCAAGAAGCUUGACAGGAGACUUUCAGAUCUAGGGGCAGCAGCCAUUGUCGAAAAGGGCUUGGGAGAUGAUCAGCAUCCAUCAGGGUAUGAAGCUGCUUUAGAUCCAUGGAUGACAUCUUUGUGGAAUAAGUUAUAUAAUCUGAAUCCGAAAUUCCUCCCGAAUGGUCCAGAUUAUGUGACUUCUUCUAAGCAAUCAAUUGGUCAGCCAAAGUUUCAGGUCAGAUACCAUGUCAUUGACAAGAUGGAUUCACAGUUUUCAUAUUGUCCAGCUUCAGAAUUGAAACAUAAAGAAAUGCAAAUUGAGACAACUCGGAGAAUGGCCCCUAGAAAAUUCUCACGUCACAAAGAUAGGCCAGACUGCUUUCUUAAAUUGGUGAAAAAUCAACCAUUGACCAAAGAAGGUUGUGGAAGAGAUGUCCGCCACUUUGAAUUUGAAUUUGUUUCAUCUGUCAUAGAGUAUGAUAUUGGUGACAGCCUUGAGGUUCUCCCUGGCCAGGAUCCUGCUUCACUAGAAGCUUUCAUGCAGCGUUGUAAUUUGGAUCCUGAAGCAAUAAUCACUGUUUAUCCUGUGGAUACAAAGACUUGCAAUGAUGAUCAUGCCACAGUGGAUCCUAUCAAGUUAAAAUCUUUUGUUGAGUUAACUAUGGAUGUUGCAUCAGCCUCACCCCGUCGCUAUUUCUUCGAGGUGAUGAGUUAUUUUGCCACAGCUUCACAUGAAAAGGAAAGGCUGCAAUAUUUUGCUUCACCUGAAGGAAGGGAUGACCUUUACCAGUACAAUCAGAAAGAACGGCGGACUGUUCUUGAGGUAUUACAGGAUUUCCCUUCAGUUAAUAUACCAUUUGAGUGGCUGGUGCAGUUGGUUCCUCCUUUGAAAACAAGAGCUUUCUCUAUUUCUUCCUCUCUCUCAGCUCACCCAAAACAAGUGCAUUUAACUGUAAGUGUAGUAACAUGGACUACACCUUUCAAAAGGAAGCGUUCAGGUCUCUGUUCAACCUGGCUAAGCAAGCUUGAUCCUGAACAUGGCAUUUAUGUUCCAGUGUGGUUCACUAAAGGUUCCCUUCCUCCUCCACCCCCAUCACUUCCUCUAAUUCUCGUAGGACCUGGAACUGGCUGUGCCCCAUUUCGGGGAUUUGUGGAGGAGAGAGCCAUCCAAAGUGCAAACCAAGACGUCGCUCCGGUUGUAUUUUUCUUUGGUUGUCGAAAUGAGGAAAGUGACUAUUUAUACAGAGAUUUUUGGCUGUCCCAUGCAGAAGAUGGUGGGGUACUCUCCCAGACAAAGGGUGGAGGUUUUUACGUCGCCUUCUCAAGAGACCAGCCACAAAAAGUUUAUGUGCAGCACAAGAUACGUGAACACAGCGAGAGAGUAUGGAAGUUACUGAGUGAAGGGGCUGCCAUAUAUGUUGCAGGUUCUUCAACCAAAAUGCCGUCAGAUGUGUUAUCAACCUUCGAAGAAGUAAUUUCCAAGGAAAGUGGGGCUCCAAGGGAAGCUGCUGUGAGAUGGCUGAAAGCUCUAGAAAAGGCUGGCAAAUACCAUGUAGAAGCUUGGUCUUGACAUGACUUCUCUCUAACUAUACAAAGGACAACUAAAAAAAAAGAGUAUUUGAUUCAAAAAUUGUUCUUUAAUAUUUUUUUGUUACACUUCAAACAAUGGUUCCAUGAUUCUUUAUUAAUUAGUAUGAAAAAAAAAAUUAUUUCUUUA